GAUAUAGACGAGUGCACCGCUGGAACCCAUAACUGUCCAGAAAAUGCCUGGUGCAGCAACACCGUAGGCUCAUUCAAUUGCACUUGUUGUGGCGGCUUUGUUGGAGAUGGAGUGAACUGCACAGGUAGCAAGGAGAAUAUUUACUUGAAAUGAAUUUUAACGCUCUCCCUGACCUUAACUGACACCUUAAUAUUAAUCUUUGGACUGUGGGUAUUUUCCAGAAAUAUACCGGGCUGAAUACUCCAAGGCCUGCGGUAUGAGAUAUUUUGUACAAACGUUUUCCUGAUUCAAGGAAUUCGUGAAUUGUCUCAACAGUUGGGAAUUUCGAGUAUUGGUAUUAGUAAAGCUACACGCAAACGGAUGGAACAACUCCCAGCUUUGUUGGGAGUUGCUGCGUUUGUGUUGGCAGUGGUAUGCAAACGGAUGCAACAAUUCCCAACAAUGUUGGGAGCUACAGUGCAUCCUGGGAGGGAUGAAAGCCAUAAGACUUUAGAGAGCAUGUGUAAUGCACGUACGUGGCACCAACAAUGUUGGGAGAGCUGUGCAAACGGAUCCAACAUUAUUGCGCACGCCUCGGCGAUCACGGAACACAAGAAAUGUUGGGAGUUGUUGGCUCAAAAAGUUUGGCAAGGUUCAAAUUUUGCGUAACAACUCCCAACAACAAACAACAACAUGCAACAGGCCGGUGUGCAAACGGACGGAACAACAAUGUUGGGCGUUGUUGGCUAACAAUGUUACGUCGGUUUGCAAGGGGCCUCUAAGUAAAAUACCGGGUCGUAGUUAACGUACUAGGUUACACGUUCUAAAACAUAAUUGUACAAAUAGAGACUUUCGAUGAUGAUCAACUAGUCUACGAAUCAUGAGCCGUCUUCUCAAACACGACUGGGCAGGUUACGCUACCUGAAAACGUUUAGAAGGCAAAAUUUGACCCCAGAUGAGAGGGUUAACCGGUCUGGCAGACCACCUGUCGUGUAAACCUGAUCAUAUUAAAAUAGGAGACGGAUUUUAUCGACUGGCAGGUAUUACUCCACCUAAGCACGUUAUCUUACCUACCCAGGGUCCCCCUCGUCCAUGUAAACAGGCCCUAACCCGAACCUCAAGCUGUAAUCGUUUUACUUAUUUUCAGCAUACUGCGGUAUUCUGUUUGAUUUCGAAAAGGGAUUGUCAUGCUGGACAUUGACUGGCAAUGCAUUCAACAAUCAGCCAACAUACCUCGAUAAUUCAUUAGAGAGAGGCAGAGGACAUGCCAACCACAAAGGGAAUUGGUGGAUUGGCGGCUUCGAGAAUCUGCCCAGUCCCUCUCAUCAGGCUGGUGCAAUCAAAAGCGAUGUUCCCCAAGGCACGAUGACGUCUCACUGUUUUUGGAUUAAUGGAAAUUAUCUUCGGUUCCUUAUUGGAGGAAGUUGUUUCGUAAACGAGAUUCGUGCUGAGCUUAUUGUUGACGGAAAUGUGUUUUUUCGGGAAACUGGGGAUUGUCGUGAAUCUAUGACAGAGAAAAGCUGGAAUGUAUCUGGUUUUGUUGGUAGAAUGGCUCAGUUGCGUUUGGUUGACAAUUUCUCAGGCCACUGGGGUCACAUUAAAUUUGAUCAUUUAAUUUGCCAGUGA